AUGCCCGCUACUUCGCCGCCCAAACUGAAACUCCUCACAAUCCUCCUCAUCGCAUCUCUCGUCCAGUCGGCAGCCGCUGAGAUUAUCAGCCGGGAACUGCUGUUCGACGACCCCAAAUACUCGCAGGUCACAUUGUCGCCGGACGGCGAGGAUGUCGCCUUCUUGGCGCCCAACGAAUACGGAAUUAGCAAUGUUUUCGUGCGCUGCAUCACUUGUAAGGUCACAAAAGCCGUCACCUUCGAAAUGAAGAAGCAUAUCACGGGUGAGUUUCAAUCUUUUUGUUUGCAGUACAAAUUAGAGUAAUACUAUAAUAGAAUCGCGUAGGAGAGGUAAACAAAAGGAGUUUCCAUGGGGGUUUUUGUUUUUCCGGUGCUUUUUCUACGAAGAAUUUUUGUGAAAAAGGCGAGGACAAAUAAAUUGGUCAACGAGUAUUGUUUUCGCCACAGCAACUGAGGGGAUGUUGUUGAUUUUGAUGGGAAAUUUUGCAGGAAGCAAAAAUAAAAUAAAUAAAAAAGGAAGUACUCGGCGGGCGGCCCUCGGAUUUUGGUGAAACUUGGAAAAAAUGUAUGAUAGCUUACAAGGGAAGUACCCCAUAAGACGCUCAGACUUUGAUGAAACCUGGUAUAAAUUUAGAAUAAUUUUUUCUAAAAUAUAUACAAGAAUCCUAGCUCGCGCUUUGCAGAAACAGCCGAGAUUUUUAGAUCGAAAGUUGACGAAAACUUGACACCUUUUGCCGAAUUUCGGCACGAAAAGUUUCAUACCCAUUUCUACCAUAGAGAGUAAUGUUUCCACAAAAAAAUCAAUUUUUUCCGCACGAAACUAGCAAAGUUAUGAUAAAAAAAGUGUUUUUCUCUCUGACCGCUCUCCGCGUUUAGCGUACUCUCUCUGCGGCAAAGAUCGUUCAAUAUCUCGGUGGCGCUUGCAAAGCGCGAGCAAAUACUUUCAGGAAUUGAUACUUGCUUCAUGACCCAUGAGUGUGCAAAAUGUAAAGAAAAUCUGAGCGUCGCACUUGGGGUACUUCCAUUCCUAGAAUUUUCAAAAACUUGUGAGAUUUUUAUUAGCUCAAGCUUUGAUGAAAUCAUCGAAAACUUUGGGACAAAGGUUGCCAGAAAUUUGGCAACUUUUUCGAGUUUUAGCUUAAAAAUACCAGGGUGUUUAAAGAUAAGAAGCAUAAUGUCUUUCCUAGAAACAUUGUACAUCUCAUUUCUAUCAGACAUACACAGGUAUUUUUGAAGCCCAAAGCCGUAAAAAUAAUCGAAUUUCUGGCAACUUUCCAUCUGAAAAUCUCAAUGUUUUCUGUAAGCUCAAAAUCCCUAGUGCAUCUCAAUAAAUUCUGGACUAAAAUUGUCUCAAGUUUCAUCAAAAAGAAAGCGUUAAAACUGCAGCAUCCGCAAGAAAAUAUCUUUUCUUAUAAAACAGUAUUUCUCUUUUUACUCAAAGCUCCCAACUUGCAGGUUAUCACUGGACCGGAGUCAAGAACAUCAUUCUCUAUACUCAAGACAACGACGGCGAUGAGAACCUGAAACUCUACAAGAUUAACGUCACCGAGUCGACUCCCUACACCCCGGUGCACACGAUCUCAGACCGCGCCGGCGUUAAGGCCAUCAUAAUCGACAAUAAUUUGAAAGGAGAUCGGGUUUUGGUCGGGUUGAACGAUGAAAACCCGGCUUUCCAUAACAUUUACGAGCUCAACUUGAUCUCAAACGAAAUGCGAAUGGUCUUUCACAAUGAAAGAUUCCCGGCUAAGAUCACAAUCGACAACGACAUGCGUAUCCGAUAUGUAAUGGAAGAGGCGGACGAUGGCUCCGUCGUCUACUACAGGCCCUCGGAAAGGGCGGAUCUCAACAAACUGACCAGCGACAACGACGAUUGGGUCAGCUACUUGACUGUGAAGUCGGAGGAUCGACCGUUGACCAUGUAGGCGCGCUUUUAAAAAUACAUAUAUUAGGGUGAACCAAAUAAAAUUUCCGAUUUUUUAUUAAAAAUUUAAACAUAAUCUUAGAACAAAUGAAAACCAGUUAAGUUUCAAAGUAAAGGCCAUUUGGAUCUAUGAAUCUAUAAAAAUCUAUUUCGUAAAAAAAAUGGGAUAAAAAGAUAUAAAAGAUCGGAAAACAAUUUUGGUUCACCCUAAUGGAAUUUAGGAGCUUUAUUAUUAUUAUCGUAAUAUAAGGGAAGCCUCUAUUAUACAGGGAGUUUCAAGAAUUUUGGAACAUUUUUGAAAAAGGCCCUAAUUGUCUCCGCCGAGAAAUGGGCUCUCCGCCUACGAAAAAAAAAUAUUUUUUGGUGAUUCUAAAAACGCACGACGUCAAUUUUUAGAAGCAAAAAGAAAUUGGUUGAUAGCUGCAAAGAACACAAAGAUAUUAGCAAAUUAUUUGUUCCAAAUUUCUUGAAAAACCCUGUAGAAUAGCCACCUUCACAUUUUGCUCCAAUCACUAACCCUCACUCUUUCAGGCCAAUCGCCUUUUCCAAGGACAACAAAAAAGCGUAUUGGUUGACAGCCGAUGACACCGACAUGGGUCAACUCACCGUGCACGACUUUGGCUAUCCGGAAAAGGCUGAAGUUCUCUACAAAGCGGUUAGAACCCAAAUUUUCGGUGUCAUUUUCCACCCGGAAGAUCGUACCGUGCUCGCGGUGACGGAAUACUAUCACAAGCCCGAAUUCUACGUUGCCAACACUUCAAUCUUGGAAGACAUUCAGCAUCUAGUCAAUCUGAGGCCGCAGGCAACGCCUAUGAUCGAAAGUACUAGCAAUGGUAGGGAAAUGACAAGUUUUUAUAUUGCACUAAACAUCAAGUGAAAAAAUAAAAAAAAAAACCCUAAUUUUAGACUUCAACACAUGGCUGGUGACUUACACGUCCGACAUCAAGCCAUUCGAAUUCUUCUUGUACAGACGCGACGCCAAAAAGGCUGAAUAUUUGUUCAGUACCAGACCUGAACUGCAAGGAAAACAACUGAACCGACAAGUUGGAUUCGAUUACAAGGCGAGGGAUGGUCUCAAAAUUCAAGCCUAUCUGAGCUUGCCCCCUCAGGUAAGUGGAAAGAUACAUGCUUACUUAAUUUCCCCAAAUUUUAGGCCCAACUGUUGCGCGAAGACCAAGUGCAUGGAGAGAAUAUUGAGCUCGCCAAGAUGGGAAUGCUGCCAGUACAGCCUCAAAAACUCAUCUUAUUCGUGCAUGGAGGGCCCAAAGCCAGAGAUUUCUAUGGCUUCAACGCCUUCAAUGCUUGGUUGACGAACAGAGGAUACGCUAUUAUGCAGGUAAAAAAAGGGUUUUAUUUAUUUUUUGGAAACAUUACAGUGAGAGAACUGAUUCAGUGACAAAAAACGUACUAUUUUGCAUCCGGGAAGUAUCAAAAAUGUGGCAAAAUGCUUCCCUCUCAAAAGGAAAAAACUUCGUUUUGAAAGCCGCACCCGAUCUUUUUGUGAGGGCACCCUUCAAAACGAAGUUUUUUCAGUUGGAGUGGGAGACAUUUUGCCACAUUUUUUGAUACUUUCCUGAUGUAUAUUUCAAGCCAAAAAUUUUGCUGGAAGCCUCGGAAAUCGAUUGGAAGGGAUAGUUUUAGCAGCACAAGAGGUCCAUUGAAAAAAAGCGGUCUGCAAAAAACGAUUUCGAAGCAUCUCAGCAAGAUUUUUGGCUAUAAAAAUUAACCCUUGGCCAAAACGAGCUAACAGGUGAGAGUUUUUAAUUUUUGAAGCCACUAAUUAUCCCCAGAAACGACAAAAUACGCGAUUAUGCAUCAAAUUUUUGAUAAAACCCCGGAUUUUUCUUCCUAUAAGACGUCCUUUCACAAUUUAAAUGACCAUUUCAAAUUUUAGGUCAACUUCAGAGGCAGUGUUGGCUUCGGCAAACGCUUGGCCAACGCCGGCAACGGGGAAUGGGGCCGCAAAAUGCACUAUGAUCUCCUGGACGCCGCCGAAUUCGCCGUCCAAAAAGGCAUCGCCAAACGCGAAGAGAUCGCGAUUGUGGGCGCCUCCUACGGCGGCUAUGCCACACUGGUCGGGAUGACAUUCACUCCGGAUGUGUUUGCCUGCGGCGUUGACAUUGUUGGGCCUAGCAAUUUGAUCACACUGCUAGAGACCAUUCCCCCGUAUUGGGUUGGAUUUUACAAUGACAUGAUUACAAUGCUGGGAGCUGACAAGAAUACAGAAGAAGGUAAGGGACUAGAGAGCGAAAUCCUUUGGGAAAAACAUUCUUUCUUUGAGAGCAACCCAUUCUUUUGGAUUUGUGGAAAUUCUAAAAAAUCUGUCGUCAAGAUAGAUUUUUUAAUAGUUUUACAAUUACGCAACAAAAUAAAAAAGUUGAGGAAAAGUGAAAGUACAGUGGCUGACCCGAUCCAGUGGCAAAACACGUACCGUUUUGCUUCUGGGAAGCAUCAAAAAUGUGGCAAAAUGCUUCCCUCUCCAAGUGAAAAAACUCCGUUUUGAACGGCGCUUUUGAAAUCGGAGUUUUUUUUCACUUGGAGGUGGAAGCAUUUUGCCACAUUUUUGAUACUUCCCGGAUGCAAAAUGAUACGUUUUUUGCCCCUAGAUCAGGUAUCCACUGUACACAGCAUCCCUUGUUUUGCAAUUAAUACAAAGUCAUGUCUUCAGGCCGAGCCUCCCUAAAGAGCCGAUCUCCUCUUUACUUUGCGAAACAAGUGAAGAACCCAUUGAUGAUCAUUCACGGCUCGAAUGACCCUCGUGUAAAACAAUCCGAAUCGGAUCAAUUUGUCGAUGAGCUCAAAAAGAACAACAUCCCAGUCACCUAUGUUGUCUACCCGGACGAAGGGCAUGGCCCAAGAAAGCCGCGAAACGUCUUGGCGAUGGCCGGAUUUAUCGAGGAAUUCUUGUCGGACUGCCUGCAUGGCGAUGUCGAGCACUUUGUUCACGGACAAUACAACUCGACAGCGAUGGUAAGCGGCCUGUCUUGGCAGCUACAACUUAUGCCUAGUUAUUUUAGAGAGAAAUUUAUAUUAUCCAUGGUUCAGAUCUCUAAAAUUUAGAUUUUCCUCAAUUUCUCGCUGUUUCUAAAAAAAAUACCCUAUAAAAUACGACUUUCAGGUACUAGCCGACAUCAAAAAGCCCUCAUUCCAUCGGAAUCUGCACACGACACUAGGCGACGGCCAACGAGUGGGUCCCGCAGAGACCCAAUGGCCAGGCUUGUCGCGGCCAACUGGACGAUGGUUGUAA